AGAAUCAGACUCCAACAAGGAAGAAGUGAGAUAAUUAUGAUGAUGUCUCUCCCCAAAAUGAAAAUAUCUUGUCUGCAAUCUCACCUCCAUUUGAGCAGUAGCAAAUCAUUAGCACCAGCAGCUCAGGCGUUUCCGAGCUCAAGCAUAAGGAGCUUAACAUCAUGCCGCGUUCGGUGCGGAUCAGCAAGAAGAAGAUUGUCGUCGAAAAGUAGCCAAACCGGGUUUGAAAAGGCACAACCUUUGGGUUUGGAGAAGAAGCAAUGGAGGAGAUAUGCUCUAGUGAGUGGUGUAUCGGUAGGGUUGAUGAUGGCUUUGGUAAUGGGAAUGGAUGCAGAGAAGGCGAUGGCUUUGGGUCCAGAAGGUCCAUUGAUGGAAGAGUUUUGGGACAACGUGAGAAGGUACGGUCUUUACGCUCUCACCGUCAGCACCGGAGCCCUCUCCGCCGUCUUUGAACCCAUCUUUGAACUCCUCAAGAAUCCAAUCUCCGCCGUUCUCAUCGUGAUCAUCUUAGGUGGAAGCUUCUUUAUCGUCUCACAAGUUGUCUCCGCCAUGAUUGGUGUCAACGAAUUCGCUUAUGAUUACGGAUAUUGACCAACAACAAUUACAACUACAACUAGAGUUUGUUCUCUUCAAUUAAUACUCUGUUUUGGUCAUCAAUAUUCUGCUUAAUUGCUUAUGCAGAGUCUUCUUUAUCAAUUUAAAUUUUGUUACACAAUCAA